UCUCUAUGCGCCCUCCCCCUUUUUUCUCCUUUUUCUAUUUCUUGACACACGCUGUAGAUCUGCUCUAAUAGCCUAUCGCAGUUUGAGACACUCACUUAACAGUCACACACACUCUCGCUGAACCCAAAAAAAGCACACUCCUCAACUCCACCGGUGGGGGGGAACAUAGAUACCAGAUGAGAUUUGUUUCCAAACGCGCACCGAUGGCGGUGUGAGGCGUUUGGCUGAGAAGUACGCACAGCCGCUGUGGAUUUGUGAACAUUUUUUUCCCCCUUAUUAUUGUUUGUGCAUCUUCCCUCCUCUCUCUGGAUCCUGUUUUAGGGGAAAUUAACAAAGCUAUGGAUUACUCAUUGUCUCUACUCUUACUCUUGACAACCAUCUCGUCUGUGUCGACUGGACAAUUCCCAACAGCGCAGAUGAUAAAGGAAUGGGUGGACCAGAUGCAGAAAGAUUUGAUCACACUAACAGACACAUCCAGCGGCAUACAAAAUCUAAAGCAGAUAUAUCAUCGACACAGAACUCACUUCAGUGUGGAGUUCAACAAUGCAACACAACUGGUGGCAACGGCUGCUGGGAACAUAGAGAAGCUGCUAAAUAAUCGCUCCCAAGCCCUGAAGAGGCUGGCAGCAGAAGCAGAACACUUUCAAAAGCAACACGAGUGGAGGGAGGACAGCGAGAGUGACAAGAUCGUUUACUACAAUGCCAAGUAUGAUCUAAAUCAAACGGAGAAGAACCGAUAUGUUCCAGAGGACUUUCACACAGACCCCGACUUCAAACGCCCCGUCUCCUACAACACCACCGCCGUCCACAUCCCCACUGACAUAUACGAAGGCUCUACCAUCAUUUUGAAUGAGCUCAAUUGGACAGAAGCCUUGGAGGACGUUUUCCGGAAAAACAAAGAGGAAGACCCCUCACUCCUCUGGCAGGUGUUUGGCUCUGCCACCGGAUUGGCUCGGUACUACCCAGCGUCCCCCUGGGUCAACAACAGCAAUUUACCCCACGAAGUGGAUCUCUACGACGUGCGCAGACGACCAUGGUACAUUCAGGGGGCGGCGUCACCCAAGGACAUGCUGAUUCUGGUGGAUGCGAGUGGGAGUGUUUCAGGUCUCACCCUCAAACUCAUCAGAACAUCUGUCAACAAGAUGCUGGAGACCCUCUCUGAUGACGACUAUGUGAACGUGGUUUAUUUCAACGACAAGGCCACGUACGCGGCGUGUUUUCAGAACCUGGUGCAGGCCAACGUGAGGAACAAGAAGAUUCUGAAAGAUGCUGUGCAGAACAUCACAGCUAAGGGUAUCACCAACUACACAGGUGGCUUUGAGCUCGCCUUUGGGCAGCUGGCUCAGAUGAAUGUGUCCAGGGCCAACUGUAACAAGAUCAUAAUGCUCUUUACUGACGGAGGAGAGGAGAGAGCAGAGGAGAUCUUUCGGAAAUACAACUCAAAGCAGGCGGUUCGCAUCUUUACAUUUUCAGUAGGUAAGCACAACUACGACAAAGGACCAAUACAGUGGAUGGCCUGCGCUAAUAAAGGUUACUACUAUGAGAUCCCAUCUAUAGGUGCCAUAAGGUUAAACACUCAGGAGUACUUGGAUGUUUUGGGAAGACCGAUGGUUAAAGCUGACCAAAAGGCCAAACAGGUUCAGUGGACCAACGUCUACAUGGACGCUCUGGAGCUCGGCCUGGUGAUCACUGGAACUCUGCCUGUCUUCAAUAAAACCAAGACAGGCUCCAAGAAGUCUCAAAACCAGCUCAUCUUGGGGGUUAUGGCUAUUGAUGUUUCCCUGGAAGAUAUCAAGAGACUGACGCCUCGGUUUACUUUUGGACCCAAUGGCUACUACUUUGCCAUUGAUCCCAAUGGAUAUGUGUUGCUUCAUCCUAAUCUUCAGCCACCGACUGCCAAGUUUCAUGAACCUGUAACACUGGACUUCCUGGAUGCGGAGCUGGAGAAUGAGAUCAAAGUGGAGAUAAGAAAAAAUAUGAUUGAUGGUCGAACAGGGAAUUACAAUAUAUCGACACUGGUGAAAUCUCAAGAUGAGCGCUACAUUGACCAAGGCCAGAGGACGUACAACUAUGUACCAGUGAAGGGAAGCGACUACAGCCUGGCCCUGGUGCUUCCUGAGUACAGUAUGCAUUACAUCCGUGCCACAAUCGGCGACACAAUCACCCAGGCUAAAUUUUCUGAAAGCCUGAUGGCAGACAAGUUUGAUGAAUAUGGCUACACAUUCAUUGCUCCGAGGGUGUACUGUAAGGACUUAAAGCCACCUGACAAGAACACGAACAACACCGAGUUCCUCAUGGAGUUUAAUAACUACAUCGACACCAAGACUCCAAACAACCCCAUGUGUAAUGAGGAGCUGGUGAACCGGUUGCUCCUGGAUGCCGGCAUCACCUCAGAGCUCAUCAAGUUCUGGAGAGCUAACGAGUUGCAACAUGGUGUCCUUGCCAGAUUUGUUGCCACCGAUGGAGGGAUUACACGGGUCUACCCCAAAAGUGCUGGAUUUUACUGGAAAGAAAAUGCAGAGACGUACGAGUCCAGUUUCUAUAAGCGCAGUUUGGACAAUGAUCUGUACAUCUUCACUCCAACACCCUACCUUGCCAAAGAGAAUGCCACAAGUGACGACUCGGUCCUCGUGAGUAAAGCCGUAAACCUCAAGAUUGAUGGUAUCGUACUGAAACCAGCUGUGGUCGGCGUGAAGUUGGACAUCAGUGCGUGGAUGGCGAGCUUCAUCAACACAACGUACAGGACGAACUGCAAUGAUGAGAUCUGCGGCUGUCAGAGAAACAAUGAGUACGUAGAUUGUGUCAUUCUGGAUGACGGCGGCUUCCUGGUGAUGUCCAAUCGAGAGGAAUAUAUAAGUCAGAUUGGGCGUUUCUUCGGCGUAAUCGAUCCCAUCCUCUUGAAAAACCUGGUCAACUCGUCCCUGUUCACCUCCAAGAGCACCUACGACUACCAGUCGCUGUGUGACCCCGAGACAGAGAACAAGGCGGCUGCAGGCCUGCGAUCCGUCUACGUGCCCACAAUAGCAGAUAUUUUGAACCUAGGAUGGUGGGCGACAGCUGCAACCUGGUCAAUCCUGCAACAGUUGCUGGUCAGCAUCACGUUCCCCAGUUACAUGGAUGCAGCUGAAAUGGACGAUGAUGUAUCCAAUGACAUGCGGAAGGAGGUUUGCAUCACGGAGCAAACUCAAUACUUCUUUGAGACCGACAACCUGUCUUUAGAGGCUCGGUCGACCUGUGAAAACUGCUCCAGGCUCUACCAUGCUGAAAAGCUGCCCAAGACAAACCUGGUCUUUAUCAUCACUGAUGCAAAAGGCACCUGCACAUCAUGUGACACGAAGCCGUUAAUACAGGACGAGCAGCAGUCUAAUGGGCCUAAUCCCUGUGAAAUGGCUCUGAACCCUCGCUACAGGAAAGGGCCUGCGGUUUGUUUCGAUAACAAUGAACACGAGGAGGACCCUGACUGUGGCGGGGUGUCCGGCCUGAGUCCUUCCCUGUGGCUAAUGGUGGCCCUCCAGCUGCUGCUGCUCUGGGUUGUGACCGAAUCCAGACACCACGCCGUCCCAUCAUGACGUCUGAGCAACCCCAAUCGCACCCUCUAUCACCCUCCCUCCGUAUCUCCAACAUGGCAACCAGCAUGCAGCGCUGCCACCGAAAUGAGGAACGCCUGAUGAGAAGCGCUUGUAACAAACUCAAAAAAACCUGUGAGCCCCACAUUCUGCCAGUUUCUUCCUUCGAUACCUUUAUAUUCAGGGGGUUCUCAAAGUGAUUUCACCAGGGUACAAGUGACGAAAGAAAUGUAUAUCAGAAGAUAAUGAUUUGAAUGAUAAGAAAAGACCUUGACCUAGCCCUUUCAGUGGUCCCCGCCAGCUGAGAUUAGAGGAAUCUGGAGAUUCAUUUUGAUUGGCGACUUCUGAACUUCAUCUGGCUGGAUGUCAAUGAUGACAGAGAUUGGACUGCCUUAUAGUAUCAGAGGAUUUAAAACACGACGGGGGGGGCUUGCUGUUUAUUCAAGAUGUUGAGCAGUUUUAUCCACCACUGCCAGAAGCAGCGCUGCCCUUUGCAAAAACUUUACUUUGAAUCGAUUUGCAGUGGUUAGUUAUUAGGUAUUUAUUGUUUUUCUGGUUGGGAAUUUGGCUCAGAUUUCAGUAAGAGAUGCCAAAUUGUUACAUCACGAGCUCUUGCCCUUUGUUUGCCUCAGCUGGGUUGCUGACAAUAAUGUUGUCUCAGUCUGAUUUUUUUCAAUACCACCACCCAGAACAUUUUCACAGUGUCUCUGAGGGCAUCGCCUUCACUUCGCUCCACCGUUCUUUCGUGUAGAUACUGUAUUUGCAGUGUGGAAAUCAUGUUCAUUGUUAUGUUUAUGCACAAACGCCAACCCUUCUACUGCCACAGAACGCUUGUUUAUGAGUGUACAGAUUUUAACUUCGUAGCUGAUCAUCUAACUAUCCGCCCCGAUCGGAAACAGUAAAUGCGUCUCGAUUUUCUGCCCUGAUGUCGGAUCGCUACGGCGAAAAAUUUGCUGCCAUAGCACGCAUUGAUCAAUCAGGAUACGCCUGGCUGGUGCCCUCUGCGUGCUCAUUGGAUGAAAUCUCUAGUGCCAUGUGGACUGUGUGACUCAGACGAACCCUUUUUAGACUGUCGCUUCUGGAUGGGAAGAAGUGUAGUAUUUAAUUAUUUUACUAUUUAUUGAUUAUUUGAAUGAAGUGUCAGGACAGCGUUUUACUGUUUAUUUUAUGAAAGAAGCUGAACAAGGGGUAGUAGGAGAAUUUGUACUCGACAGGUUGGUCUAAAAAAAGGGAAAAUGGUACAUGUGUAUUCACUGCUGUCACUUUUUAAAUUAAAUGACUACUAUCUGCACUGCAUUUCAAAGUGCAGCUAUUGUUUGUCUUUACAGUUUUGGUCUCCUCGCUGAAGAACUGCCUCUUUCUCUGCAUAGAAGUAAAUUUGCAGUUUAUUUACUGUGAUAUCACCAAGUGUAAACCACCAUAGAACUGCAGUCAGUCCGUGCUUAUGAUCCUUUUGACUCCAUAUAUCCCAUUCUGCAAUAUAAGUUUCAUUUUGUGUGCCUUCUUCUUGCAUUAGUUACAAAACUAAACAAAAUUAUGGAGAAAAUGUGCUGAUAUUACUGUAAAUGGUUUAAUGGAAUAGUGUCAGUUAAAUAGAUUUACCUUGUUUUUUUAAAAAAUGCACUAAUUAGUCAAAUCUGCCAAAACAAUAAACAAUAAGGAACCAAAACUGGACCAAAACUGGACUCUUAAAGCAGCUAAAAGUUGAAGGAAUUACUGGAUUUCAGGAUGUUCUGAAGAUGCAACAUGUGGAAACAGAUUUUCCACGUUUGCUGUGUUUUUAUGGUUAAUGUAUGUAUUUACACAGUCUUGAGGAUUAGUAGAAUAUAAAGACAUGGCUCUGAUUAUCAUUUAAAAAUGUCAUUUUUACUUAAAACCAGCUGCACUUGAAGCAGUUUGAUCAUUAUUUCUGCUGUUCAGAACGGACAAUCCCAGGUUAAAAUCACUCAUACAGUCUUCUCUGUGUGAAACUUUAUCGGUUCACUCACAAAGGAGAGACGUGCCAGAGCCACGAUUUUACCAACUAAUUACCCCCCCCCCCCCCCAGAAACCACCAAAUAUCCUUCUAGUUCACAGUUCCAUUUGAAAAAGUUCCUACAUGUCGAGCAUUGGCAUCAAAUGUUCUAUUUCAUUUGAAAAUUCAACGCUUAUCUGUGUUUGGCAUUCAAAACAUCAACAGGGAAUGAAAUCUGAGGAUGCUAGUUACACCACUAAAACAAAACCAGGGAGGGCAAGCUUGUAAUCUGUAAACACUCACGGAUGUUUGCAGGAAGUUACUUAAUACUGUGGGGAAGUGAAAACCACAUAAUGAAGCUAUGUGCAUCACAUUACCACUAACAUUUGCUUCACCCUCUUUAGAUUUCUUGUUUUAGCUAAAUAAUUACAUUACGCUAAAUAAUGUCAGUUUUUAUAUGAGAAGCAUUCUUCCAUGUCAAAUCCAGGUUUUCUAGCUGCAGGCGUCUUUUGUGGCGAAACUUCAACCACUAUCAUUAAAUCAUCAUCAGUAACUUUCCAACUAGUCUGAGGUGCACUCUUUACUCUGUGUUUUCCUCUAUCUUUAACUAUAACCGUUCAACAAAAACAAUGUGGUGAAACUAACAUGGUAUUUAUGCUCCUCUUUUACUAACUCUCAAGAAUAUCAAGUGCCAUAUACAUGAGGACUCCUAUUCUCUUGUGGAGAAACCUAUUAUUAUCGUAAUAUAACAUUUAUGCAAUGUUACCCAGGCAAGAUGUAAGUCUCAUAAAUUGUUUCCCUGUGCUGCAUGGUAAUGGCUGAUAAUCUUUCUUAACAAAACUAUCCGGUGUACUCCUGCUUUCGUGUGUAAUGUUGGGAAGCAUAAUAUCCUGAGUGUCAGGCAUUUGUUCGUGAUAUAAUAAGGUGUGAUCAGCUAAUACUGCCGUUCUCUUGGGGAGACAGCAUUUGGCUCUGCCCUGAGUCGGCUUGGGAAGGCGAACCUGAUUGGCCAGCGUGAUGUUUGAAAGCACUCCUGUCUGUCUGACCGGUUCAAGCCAUGUGUGAUUCACUACAAUUUAAAGAACCAUACCAGCUAUUUGGCUCAAUGACUACAAAUCAUGAUUCCUUUAGAUUACUGCAAACUGCUUUGCAAACCAUAGUGUAGUGUUUCAGAAAUGUUCAGCAGUGACCACCACUUUGGGCCUGACAGAAAUGUCUCCACAACUUUUGGAUCGUUUGUCAUUAAAAGUACAGAAAUUGCACCAAACAUGAUUCCCAAAGGUGUUUUUGAUCCCUUGAUUUUUUUAAAAUUUCAAUCCAAUUCAAUCCAUCUGGGGCUACACUAGACUGUGAAUCUUUAUGACUUUGAUGUUCAUGCGCAGGUUUCCUGAAUAGUGGUUCUUUCUCUUACUGUGCUCACUGUUUUGCUAUUGGAGUCACCUAGUGUAACCAGCAACAAAAGCUCUAAUGACAACACGUCUGCCCUUGACAGACAGAUCGACCUCAGGGCUUCACUCCAAGGAGGGAUAGUUGACCGUGGUGGUAUGAGAUCAUCAGUCAACUAUUCCUCCUGAAUCAUUCUUGCUUUCUUCACAGGAGGAACUGCAUUGCUUCUGCAAGGCAUCCAGGCCACCUUGGUUAGCUGCUCAACAGCUGUCAGGCAUUCCAUACAGUAGCAUAUCGCCAAAUGUUGUUACGGCCACAGUCUGGUUUGUGCGUUACACAUUCGUAGAUACAUAAGCUGUUUCUGUGGCUGUCCAACUGUUGACAGUUAGGUAGUUGACUUUUGUGUAAAUCGGGCUAAUGUGUCAAGGUGAGCCUUAUGGGUGUUCAGCUGGCAUUAGCCUGUCAGCAGUCACUGCUAUGGUCACAACUGACAUUUAUUAGCCUUAAGCCAACCAGAGCGAGGCAGAAAUGAUGGAUGCUGAGUCCUCAGUCAUGCCCUAGAGGAGCUUUUUAACCAAACUUGAGAGCGAGUACUGGGGAAAGGAUGUGGUUGGCGAUGCCAAAUCUGACAUGGAGGAAGAGUCAGAUGACUCCAUCUUCACAGCCAACUCUGCUAUCAACAGAAAAUAUAUUGUAUAACGCAACCCAGCAUUUUGACUCAGCGUGGUGACAGUGUAGUCACCAUCUUGGCAGUGCCUGAGUCCACCUCGCUCUCAGCUACUCCAAAAAUGACUGAAGGGGUGGACAUUAUUGAACUGAGGUGGGCCAUGCAAACAUGCAAACAUGGACUGUCAUGUGAUGGCAUGCAUCAGUUACUCAAAGCGUCCUGGCACUUAAUGAUGUAUAAUUUUAAGCCCUAAUACAAUUUGUAUGGAUGAUUUAUCAAGGAGUUAUCCCUCCGUGCCGUUGUCAUGAACUGAUGAAUAACUAUAGAAACCAAAACUAAAUUUUGCACCAGACUGUAAUCAUGUAUAUUUCUGCUGUAAAGUUGGUCAUUUUAACAUAGGGUCUCUGGGGAUAGACUCACUUUUUGAGUCAGCCACAAGUGGCCAUGUGAGGAACUGCAUUUUUUGGCACUUUGACCCAUUUUUCAGCCCUCCUGACUGCUGGUUGGUUUUAGCCACUGGGUUGAAUGACACGGAAUUAGGUGUGCACAUUUACGUCCCUCUCAGUAUGAAUUGAAAUAUCUUGUAAUUCUCUGACUCUUCUUCUGGCACAAUCAUCUGAUAAAAAUGCUACUUUUUCCAAACAGCAAAUGCUAGCUAACUAACUAAACAACAGUGGUGCUCAUGAUAAGCAUACCUGAUAGUAUCAGCCAGUUGUCAUUGUGAAUAUGUUACAUGCUGACAUUAGCAAUUAGCUCAAAAGAUCACUGUUCAUAGUACUGUUUCUUAGAGCAACUAGUGUGGUUGCAGACACUAGUCUUGCUCCUCUUUCAGGAAGCCAUUAAUUUUCAUUCAUUUGUGUACAGUCUGAUAAUUUAGUGGCAAUGGUAAUCCAUCCCAGUAAACCUCAAAUUAGUGGUUCAUUUAGUAGUAAUUGAUGUUUGAUAACUGAUGAGUUGUAUUGUCACUGAGAGAUGUCACCACACAGUAAAUUAAUGCAGAUUGGAUGUGGUGCAUCCCACAGCUCAAGUAGAUUUGAGGAGUAUUCUGAUUACAUUUUAUACUGUAUGAAAAUCAGUGGAUACUAGUAGAACUGAAACAGAAAAGAAUAGAUCCAAAUAUCAAAUAAUAGGCCUUUUUGGCAGUAAUUUUAGUCAAGUGUACAUGAAGUGUAGUUAUUACGGUCUAAAUGCUGGUAUGGUCAUUCAAGUCCUUUUGGGCAGGGGAGUACACUGUAAAGAUGAAAUGAGUGAAAACACAGACCACCUAAAAUGCUCCAAGAGGAUCCUUUUGGAAAUGCACAGAAAAACACUGGAGAUUGAACUUGAGCUCCAUAGUUAUUCAGAUGUUCCACCCUACUCUUUAAGUGCUAAAAUCAGAUGCUGUCACCUCAGGAAUAAUAUACUCUCGAUGUGAUAUGAAGUGUUUUUGAUUCUGUUGGUGCUCUCCGUAUGGAUCGUGCGGGUUGGCCUUUUUAUUUCAGGAAUCUUGAGGACUGCUUAAUGUGUGUGUGUCGGUUUCUUUUUUGUGUGUGUCUGUUACCUUGCUGCCACUCUUUGGCAGGUGACUGACAGAGUAUCAAAUCUUGCCCUGCCUUCGGUUUUACGGCGGGCUUUUUUGAUGGAGGCAUCCACCGAGUCACACCUCAGCAGCUUUGGGAGGGUCUUGGUGGGCCUCGCUGUCAGUCUCCCUCGAUUGUGCUUUAACAUGUUACACUUUAGUGGAACUUGAUUCUCCAGAAUCAGUCCUGUAAAAAAUUGUACAAAAACCAAUGUUGUUCUCAACAAAAAGAAAAAAGAACAAUGUUUAUAAUCCUGGGGAGGAAAAAAAGUGUUUAUUCAUGUGCAAAUAAGGUAUAUUCAGAAUAAAAGUUUAUGAUUACUA